AUGGCGAAAGUUAUUGCUAAUAGGCUCAGAGGUGAUAUUGGGAAAUGUAUUGAUGUGGCUCAAAGUGCUUUUGUACCAGGGAGAUUAAUCUCGGAUAAUGUUCUUCUUGCGUAUGAAAUUCUUUACACAUUGAAACAGAAACGAGUAGGGCAGAAAGGUUUUAUGGCAGUGAAACUUGACAUGAGUAAAGCAUAUGAUAGAGUUGAGAGGAAAUUUAUAAAAGAAAUAACGACUCGUAUGGGCUUUGAUUCAAGGUGGAUUGAGACUAUUAUGGAGUGCAUAAGUUCUGUUUCCUAUUCAGUAAUAGUAAAUGGUUUUGAAGGGGAGAAGUUUCAACCGGUAAGGGGGCUGCGUCAAGGGGAUCCACUCAGCCCUUUUAUGUUUCUUAUAUGUGGGGAAGGCUUAUCUUGUCUAAUGUAUUAA